UUCAAGAUUCAUCAUUUACAUAGGAAUUAAAAAAUGGAAAGUGGUGGGUUUUAUCCAGAUUGGAAGGAUACUUCUUCUUCCUUGUUUGGAUCAGAGAAUAUGGAGGAAGAUGGACUUCUCAGAGCUGAAGAGCUGUUCUCAUCUAUUCCUCAGCCUCAGACACCAAAAGAGCCAAUGGAGUUUCUGUCUAGAUCCUGGAGUCUCUCUACUUCUGAAAUAGCCAAAGCACUUGCACUCAAACAUAGACAACAACAAGAACAGUUCUGUGUUGCUCAAAACACUCCUCCUGUUUCGUUCCCUGAUGCUGCUGCAGAUCCACUCGUGGCUGGGAAGAUUAUGAACUCGUUUGGCACACGCAAGGGAGGGGCAUUGUCAAAAUGGUUUCACCACCACAAGGAACAACAUAGCAGCAGCAGCAACACCAUCAACUAUCUAAGGAAGAAAGACAAGGUGCGGGUUGAGAACGCGCACGUGCAUUCUGCAGUCUCUAUAGCCGCUCUUGCUGCAGGUUUAGCCUCUGUGACAUCUGCAAGCAACAGCAAAGGGCCAGGCUCCAUGAUGGCUCUGGCUUUGGCCUCAGCCACCGAACUGUUGGCAUCGCAUUGUGUUGAGAUGGCUGAGCGAGCCGGUGCUGACCGUGCACGUGUUGCUUCUACGGUUAGAUCUUCUGUGGAUAUCCAUAGUCCUGGUGAUCUCAUGACUCUUACAGCUGCUGCUGCAACAGCUUUGAGAGGAGAAGCGGCUCUGAAGGCGAGACAGCCAAAGGAAGCAAGGAAAAACGCAUCUAUUGCACCUUUCGAGAGAAGCUUCUCUGACUCUCAUUGGCCUCCAAAUAUCCAGUGUAGAUUGGAAGAAUCAAAUCUUCCAUUAGAAGGCGAACUAAUGCAAUGCGCACGACAUGGAGUGCAACGAACUAAGCGUGUCUGUAUCUAUAUCAACAAGAAGUCUCAGGUAAUGAUCAAACUCAAAAGCAAACAUGUAGGAGGAGCAUUCUCCAAGAAGAUCAAAUGCAUUGUCUAUGGAGUCUGCGAUGAGAAAUCAGCUUGGCCUUACAGGAAAGAGCGGGAAAACUCAGAAGAUGUUUACUUUGGUCUGAAAACAGGACAAGGCCUGUUGGAGUUUAAGUGCAAGAACAAGACACACAAGCAGAGAUGGGUUGAUGGGGUACAGGCUCUUCUCCGCCAAGUAAACUGCUUCGAGGCUGCCAAGCGCUCGAUGGGAUCACUGAGUCUCACUACUCACACAGAGAGAGAAGGAGAGGAGAGAGAAAGCUCGGAAGCUUCAGUAAUGGCGAACUCAGUGAUCACCAAGUACGGAAUCGUGGGGAUCGGUAUGAUGGGAAGAGAACAUCUCAUCAACCUUCACCAUCUCCGCGACCAAGGUCUCGCCGUCGUUUGCAUCGCCGAUCCUCACCCUCCCUCACAGCUCCUCGCCCUUGAACUCGCUCAAUCUUUCGGUUGGGAUCUCAAGGUAUUCUCAGGACACGAAGAGUUGCUCAAGAGUGAGAUGUGCGAUGUGAUCAUUGUCUCUUCUCCAAACAUGACUCAUCACCACAUUCUUAUGGACAUUAUCACUUACCCAAAACCUCACCAUGUUCUUGUCGAGAAGCCGUUAUGCACCACCGUUGCAGAUUGCAAACAGGUGCUGGAGGCUGCGAGGAAACGGUCGGAACAUAUGGUGGUGCAAGUUGGGUUGGAGUACAGAUACAUGCCACCUGUAGCUAAGCUUAUUGAGAAAGUGAAAGGCAGAGACUUUGGUCAUGUCAAGAUGGUUGCUAUCCGAGAGCAUAGGUUCCCUUUCUUGGUUAAGGUGAACAACUGGAAUAGAUUCAAUGUGAACACUGGUGGGACCUUAGUGGAGAAAUGCUGCCAUUUCUUUGAUCUUAUGAGGCUCUUUGCUGGUGCCAAUCCUGUAUCUGUGAUGGCUUCUGGAGGUAUGGAUGUGAAUCACAAGGAUGAAGUUUAUGAUGGGAAGGUGCCUGAUAUAAUUGACAACGCAUAUGUUAUAAUUGAGUUUGACAAUGGAUGUCGUGGGAUGCUUGAUCUAUGCAUGUUUGCUGAAGGUAGCAAAAACGAACAAGAGAUCUCUGUUACUGGUGACACUGGAAAGGGAGAGGCACUUGUUCCAGAGGGCAUAGUUCGAUUUGGGACUCGUGCUGGAGGAAGAGAACACGUUCAAACGAUAAAAGCUGAGGAUGAAAGAAUAAAAUAUGAAGGGUUGCAUCAUGGGUCAAGUUACUUGGAACACCUCAUAUUUUUGUCGGCAAUCAGAGGUGAAGGACGAGCAGCUGUUGAUUUGGAAGACGGAUUGAUGGCUGUUGCCAUCGGAGUUGCUGCACAGCUCUCCAUUCAGGAGCGCCGCUAUGUAUCCAUGGACGAGGUCUUGUGACUUGUGAUUGUAGAAUCUUGUAAAUUUGGUAUUUAUUGCUUUCAUAUGUUUGCUAUACUGGAGGCAUAUGUUGUAACAGAAGCCGCUGUUUGUUGUAAAGAUAAGGCAUGACUGAAUCUUUUUAUCGUUAUAUGUAUCACUUAGGAGAAUGUUUCGGUUGACAUGGAACGCUACAAAUAAGUUUAUUAUCCAA